AUGUCGCAAGUUCCUCGAUUUGAGAGCGCCGAUGUCGACCCUAGCCCCUUAGGCAAGCCUCUCACUUUCACCUUUUCGGGUCGGACUGCCCCCAACCGAUUCUUGACAGGUGCUAUGAGUGAACGUCUUGCGUCUUUCACUUUAGCUGAUGUCGAAAAUCGGGGUGUUCCUACCCCUGAAUUAGUCAAUUUGUACAAGAACCGAGGCACUGCUGGAGUUGGCCUCAACCUAACCGGCAAUGUGAUGAUUGACCCUGGCCAUUUGGAGGCAGCUGGAAACCCAAUCAUCCCCCGGGACGCGCCUUUCUCUGGUGAGCGAUUUGAACGUUUCCAGGAGCUCGCAACUGGCGCCAAGGCCCAAGGAAGUCUCAUCGUCGCUCAAGUUGGUCACCCAGGCCGUCAAACACCUGAAUACCUUCAGCCAAACACCAUUAGCGCCAGUGCUGUGCCAAUGAAGGCUGCUAACCUCGGUAUGACGUUUGCUACUCCUCGGGCUGCGACUGAAGAGGAUAUUGCUGGCGUUAUUGAGGGUUUCGCUCAUGCCGCCGAGUACCUUGAUAAGGCAGGCUUUGAUGGCCUGGAGCUGCACGGUGCUCAUGGGUAUCUCCUUAGCCAGUUCUUGUCACCCACUACCAAUCACAGAACCGAUCGGUACGGUGGUAGCCUGGAGAAUCGGAUGAGAUUGAUUGUGGAGGUCAGAGCCGCAAUCGCCAAAAGAGUGCGCCCUGAUUUUAUCGUCGGUAUCAAGAUCAACAGUGUUGAAUUCCAGGAGAAGGGCUUCCAGCCCGAAGAGGCCAAGGAGCUUUGCCGGACUCUUGAGGAUAACAAAUUUGACUUUGUUGAGUUGUCAGGUGGAACCUAUGAGAACUGGCCUCUGUCUGACGCUAAGCGGGCGUCAACCGUCGGACGUGAAGCUUUCUUCUUGCAAUUUGCAAAGCUUAUUGUUCCUGGUCUGACCAAGACUAAGACCUAUGUCACUGGAGGAAUGAAAACCGUUGAAGGCAUGGUCAAGGCGCUGGACACUGUUGACGGAGUCGGUCUUGGUCGUGCUCUAUGCCAGGAACCAAGACUCUGCAAGGAUAUUCUGUCUGGAAAGGUCAAGGGGGCUAUGAUGCAGAAAUUGGACAUGCAGAAUUUCUUUGUGACCGCAGCAGCAAGUGGUCUGCAGAUUAAGCAGCUGGGGCAGAACCUCGAGCCUAUUGACCUGACCGUUGAAGAGAACACUGCUAAAAUCUUCGGUGCCUUGGGUCAAUGGAAGGCGGCACAGCAGGGAAAUCCUGACUUGUACCAGUUCCCCAUUGUGCCUGAUUACAUUACCCCAUACAUUGCCACCGAGGUUUAG